GCGACCCAUCUGUGCGGACCUCGGUUGGCGAUGAAGAUGACGACGACGACGGGGACGAGGGCAGCGCAGAGAAUGGAGCGACGGGCGGCAGGGCAGGCUAGCAGUGGAGAAGGGGGGGCGUGUGGGCCCCCCAAGGGGCUCGAGGGGCUGGCGGGGCUGCGGGCGCUGUGGGAGCGCAGGAUCCGCGCCACCACGGAGGAGGUGGAGCGCCAGCGCUGCAACAGGGAGCGCCGCUCGCUGGGCAGGCUGUCUGCCGCGUGGGAGCACCGCAUCAGCGUGGCCAAGCUGCGCGAGAUGCUCGUGACGGUGGACGGGCGCGUGGUGCUCAAGGUGCUCAAGCUGGACUGGGAGAAUGUUGACUAG